AAUGUUGCAUUCACUUUGUGUGGAGGGAGCCGAGUCAACGCUACGCGGAUACAGCUAGCAGCCUUGCAUACGCAUCCCAUCCUAGAGUAUACACAGCCCGGGAAUGGAGGUCAGAGAAGCCGGGCUGCGCAGACAGGCAGUCAAGAGACACCUGCACAAGCACAAUCUGAAGCACCGCUAUGAGUUCCUGGAGACCCUGGGGAAAGGCACCUAUGGGAGAGUGAAGAGAGCCCGGGACAACCAGGGGAGAGAGGUGGCAAUCAAGUCCAUCCGCAAGGACCGUAUAAAGGAUGAGCAAGAUAUGAUGCAAAUCCGCAGGGAGACGGAGAACAUGAGUUCCCUCUGCCAUCCUCAUAUUAUCUCUAUAUAUGAAGUGUUUGAGAACAACAGCAAGAUUGUGAUUGUGAUGGAAUACGCGAGCCAGGGGGAUCUGUAUGAUUACAUCAGCGAGAGGCAAAAGCUCAGUGAGCAGGAGGCCAGAAGGUUCUUCAGGCAGAUCGUAUCUGCCGUACAGUACUGCCAUGCGCAUGGAAUUGUGCACCGUGACCUUAAGCUGGAGAAUAUCCUUCUGGAUGAAAAUAAGAAUGUAAAAAUCGCUGAUUUUGGUCUCUCCAACAUUUACCAUUCAGACAGUUAUCUUCAUACAUAUUGUGGGAGCCCGCUGUAUGCCUCUCCAGAGAUAGUAAACGGCAGGCCAUACAUAGGACCUGAGGUGGAUAGCUGGUCCUUAGGUGUGCUUCUCUACAUCCUGGUUCAUGGCUCCAUGCCGUUUGAUGGACAAGAUUAUAAGAAACUGGUGACUCAGAUCAGCUGCGGCGCAUAUAAAGAACCAAGCCAGCGGUCAGAUGCUUGUGGCCUUAUUCGUUGGCUUCUCAUGGUAAACCCAGAGCGUAGAGCAACCUUAUCUGAUGUUGCGUCUCACUGGUGGGUGAACUGGGGCUACCAUGAGCCUCUGUGUGAGCCAGAGACUUGCAAAGACUCUGAUAACCCCUUUUCCAUUGUAGGAGGCUGGCUUCGCCGUUCCUCUCGGCCUCUAUGGGACAAUGGUUCUAAAAUGCGCUGCUUUUUGCGCCAGCAUCUCCCUGGAGGUACAAUCACUCGGCAACGUUCUCUCAGGCGAUCUAAAAGGGAAAAUCUUAACCAGACAUCAGGAGUUCAGGUAAUACAGGAGAAGCCUCCCUCGGUACCACCUGCUCCAAAGAAAGGCAUCCUGAAAAAGCCACAACAGCGUGAAUCUGGAUACUACUCCUCUGCAGAGCACAUUGAGGGUGCAUCACCUACAGAGCCAGAUAAUUUACUUGAAGACCAACUGUCUGCUGUUCUCAAAGAGCCACCAACUAGCUAUAAUGAUACAGAAAAGCAAAAAGACUCCUUUAAAAAUAUUGUUCCAAAAGGAAUCCUGAAAAGAAAUGGAAAGUUUUCUUCUGCCUGGGCAGCCCCAGAUUUAUCUUUCAAAGCUCUGGACUACCAGAUAGGAGAUGACAAGUCACCUGUAUGUCCACUGGCACGGGAGAGAGCGCCAUCCUCGGUUAGCCAAGAGAGCAUCCUCUCAAAUGAGUCUUUUGAACUGCUAGACUUUUCUACCAGAUAUGGCCAACGGGUACGGGGCAAACACCAGACCAUGAGAUGCAGCCUUUCUGCCGAAGAUCUACUACAGCUAGAUGUGAGAGAGGGUGAAGAUGAAGACAAAACUAGACUGUGGGAAAUGGGAUGUUAUCGAGCAAAAGUAACUGAAAGUUGCCUGUCCCUGGGAGCAGUGGAAGAAGAAGUGAUGCAAGUUUAUAGGAGUGCAGUGCUCAUUGGACAAGAGUUGCGCUAAGCCACCUGUUUGUUUGUAUUUCACAUUGCAAUGUGUUGGCUCCCAAAAAGAACCUAGAUUAAAGGACCGAGAAACAGUUUCAACCCAUUUGGUUCUGUGAAUAAUACAAAUGGAGCAAAACACGUGUGUUUUCAUCCAGUGUUAAGAAGAAAUGCCACAGGGUUUAUUGGCUAAGUAGACUUUUGAAGCAUUAGCUAAUGGAUCUUCAAAAAAAAAAAAAAAAAUGAAUCUGUUAAACUUGGAGUAAUGUGAAGUCUAUAGUUUGGAGCUGGGCUCCCAGCUGACUAAUACAUGUGCGAUACCACAGAUACCUUGGGGAUAACAUUACCAUUAGAUGCCUUUUAUUUGAAGUGAUAAGUAACAAAAUAAAUCCUCUUUUUUUUUAAUGCAAUACUGGGGAAUAUCUACCACUAGCAACACAGCUCGUGGUAGACAAACACUACUGUGACGGGUCUUUAUUAAAACACAAACUUGACAUUGCAUGAGAAUGGAUAUUAAUUCCUGGAGCAAGAUUAUUCGUCUAUGCAAACACCAUGUUUGUGCCAAAGUCUAAAAUAAAAACCAAACCACAAAAUGUCACUAAUAUGUUGUUAUCUUAGUGUUGUCAAUGUGAACUUCAAACUGUAAUUCCAUAAAUCUCUACCCUGUGUCUUGAAUUGCAAGUUGUCGCAUUAUGUUUAUGGAGAAUGAUGCCAAAUAUAUAAAUUUCUACCUUUGUUAUAAGGAGCAAAACUUAAUUUAAAUGUCAUUAACGGUGCCUUAUUACUGCUAACGAUGUCUAAUUAAAAAUAUAUCCCUUCAGGAUCUCAGUCAUGGGUCCUCAGACCUCCCCAGCAUUUUACAUCAUAUAGUGGCCAUGUGUGAAGACCACACUUUAAAACUAUGUGGCUAAUGCAGGGUCAGCCAAAGGUAGAACCAUAUAUGUUGCAUUUUCCUUGAGGCUUGCAAAGCAUCAUGGAAGUUGUAGUUAACUCUCAACUGAGAUUCUACCUUUGUCUGCCUCCGUCUACUGCAUGAGAAGAUGUACACAAAGUUUAGUUAUGUGAUCGGUUACAGAGACAUCCUAGAAAACAGGAAAAAGUGGUCCAUGGGAGCAAAGUAAAUUGACACAAUUUCAUGUUGCUACAGAAAAGCCUU